AAAAACCCUCUCUUUCACCAUCACUCUCUGCACACCACUGUCCCUCAAAAUCCCACGAAUUUCACCCAAAAUUUCAAGAGCCCCACGCACCAAACCCUGCACCACCUCCUAGAGCAAUGCUCCUCCAUGAGAGAACUCAAGCAACUCCACGCCCAAAUCAUCCUCCAUAGCCUCACCAAUGAAAACCUCACCCUCGGAAAAUUCAUCUCCUUCUGCUCCGUCAACCACGCCGGCAACCUCCACUACGCUCAGCUUUUGUUCGACCAUGUUCAUGAACCCAAUAAGUUUAUGUACAAUAGUCUCAUAAGGGGCUACUCAAAUAGUGAUGACCCAUUUAAGGCUUUCUCGCUGUACUGCCAAAUGGUUCGUUCAGGGCAUUCGCCGAACGAGUUUACGUUACCCUUUGUUCUUAAGGUUUGUGCUGGGCAGUCUGCGUAUUGGGAAUCUGUGGUUGUUCAUGGUCAGGCGAUUAAAAGAGGAAUUGGGUCUCAAGUUUGCGUGCAAAAUGCUCUUAUUAAUGUCUACGGUGUUUGUGGGUCUAUCCGGAGCGCUCGGAAUGUGUUUGACGAUAUGUCCGAGAGGAGUCUGGUUUCGUGGAAUUCGAUGAUAGGCGGGUAUGCUAGAAUGGGUUCAUGCAAGGGAGCUUUUUUAUUGUUUAGGGAGAUGAGAGAUUUAGGGGUUGGGCCUGAUAAGUUUACCUUGGUUAAUUUACUUUCUGUUUGUUCACAGUCUUGUGAUUUAGAAUUGGGACGGUAUGUGCAUCUUUAUAUUGAGGUUAGUGGGAUUGAAGUUGAUCAAAUUCUGAGAAAUGCUCUUCUGGAUAUGUAUGCUAAGUGUGGCCAUUUGCACUUGGCACAAACGAUUUUUUAUCGAAUGACUCACAAAAAUGUGGUUUCAUGGACGUCAAUGGUUAGUGCAUAUGCUAAACAUGGGCUCAUUGAAUUUGCCCAGGAAUUUUUUGAUCAGAUGCCACUGAAAAAUGUGGUUUCGUGGAAUUCAAUGAUUUCAUAUUAUGUCCGAGAAGGCCAAUGCAGGGCUGCCUUGGAUCUCUUCCAAAGAAUGCUUAAUUCUGGUGCGUUGCCUGAUGAAGCUACCUUGGUUUUCAUCCUUUCAGCCUGUAGUCAAAUUGGUGAUUUGGUCAUUGGAAAGAAAACCCACAGUUACAUUUGCAACAGCAAUGUCGCACCCAGUGUAACUCUUUUUAAUUCCCUUAUAGACAUGUAUGCAAAAUGUGGUGCUGUUGGAAUCGCCAUGGACCUCUUUACUCAGAUACCAGAAAAGAAUGUAGUAUCAUGGAACGUUAUCAUUGGGGCCCUUGCACUGCACGGUUGUGGAUUCGAAGCAAUUAGGAUAUUCAAACAGAUGCAAGCAGGUGGAAUCUGGCCCGAUGAGAUCACCUUCACUGGAUUGCUUUCUGCUUGUAGUCACAGCGGUCUUCUAGACAUGGGGCGAUAUUACUUUGAAAGAAUGGAGUCUAUUUACAGAAUAUCACCUGAAAUUGAGCACUAUGCUUGUAUGGUUGAUCUGCUGGGGCGAGGGGGGUUUUUGGAAGAAGCAAUUAGGCUGUUAAUAGGAAUGCCAAUGAAGCCCGAUAUUGUUAUUUGGGGUGCUUUGCUUGGUGCUUGUAGGAUCCAUGGAAAUGUAGAUUUAGGCAAACAAAUUCUGAAGCAGCUUUUAGAGUUGGAAGGACAUGGUUCUGGGCUUUAUGUACUUCUCUCGAACAUAUUUGGUGAAGCUCACAGAUGGGAAGAUGUUAAGAAGAUCAGGAAACUAAUAAAAGAUGGUGGAGUCAUAAAGAGUAGAGCAGUGAGCUCCAUUGAAAUUGAUGGCUGUGUUUAUGAAUUUAUGGUUGAUGACAAGAGACAUGAAACUUCAAGCAGUAUAUACUCCAUGCUUGAUCAAUUAACAGAUCAUCUAAAGUCUACUGGGCAUCGACUGCUUGUGUUUUUUGUACCAAAAUCAUUGGGGAGAAACUCGCAUUAACUACUUUGCUUUUGGAAAUCAAGUUGAAGAUUUCUUCGUAUAGUCUAAAUGGUCAAGUGAUUAGCUACUCCCGACCGACGUGAAAAGAUGUUGGUCUAGUUUUUAGUUACUGACUGACUGUAUAAAAGUGGAAAUUCAAUCCUUGGGGUUCUUAAGUUGAGUGUGUGAAAAGUAAAUGUGCCAAGAUAUUAAGUUGCAGCUGAUCUUAUGCAAUUAAAAUUAUCACAGAACUAAUGAAUAUCCUACUUCAACUGAGUAGGACAUGUGUUAUGUAACAAGAAGAAAUAUAUUCUACAAGCUGGUUUCUUCCUUUCAGGAUGUUCUGUGAUUCAUGCCAUGUCGGAUGAUCAAGAUAUGCAGAAGAUGGGGAGGCUUGCCUCCUCGUUCCCUUUAACCUAUGCCAGUGUGGAAUUAAGAUUACAGAACAGAGCUUGAGCAACUGAAUUCAGACUAUUUCUAGCUCAGGAAAAGAAUCAUUAACAUGGAAAACAUGCCACAAGAACCUGAUACUAAGUGAUGCAUCAUGGUCAUCACCAAUAAUGUUAGAAGACGAAUUCAACAAAUGUGAAAAGGCACAUUGAAAACUAUGAGUGCGUAACAAAACUUGGAAGGAUGACCACAACCAACUUGCAGAGCUUCAGUCAAGCUGCAGCUCAUAGGUUGUGCAGCGGCUGCAGACGGAUGGGAACAACUAGAACUUCCUUAUAAGUUUUAUUCAAUAUUAUCGAAUGCAAACUAUAUAGUCAA